UUGAGAAGAGAAGUUAGUUUAUCGUACUUGACUACAAACUGGGCCCAAACUCACUACCCACUAAUAAUAACUUGUGUUAGUCACCUUCUUGUAUAUAUAUAACGUGGCAUACAUCCGGAGAGGUAUGUUUGACUAUAUAUCAUAAAAAAAAUAUAUAUAUAAAAGUUUUAUACUUCCAUUCAUAUAAUGAUACCCUUAACUAAUAAUGUCGCUAAUCCAUUACCAUCAUCAACGAUGGGGUGGAAUUCAGAUAUGAUAAUAUUUUUAAUAAAUAAUGGGACAUUAAAUAACAAUAUAACAUUAAAUCAAACUGAGAGAAUUCUUAGUUCAGUAUCACAAGUGUCAGGAAUACUUUCAUUAUCAGUUUGGUUAUUUGCUCAAUUGCCGCAAAUCAUCGAGAAUCAUCUUAAUGAGUCAGUAUCAGGAGUAUCUUUAGCAUUUUUAUGUUGUUGGAUUGGUGGAGAUACUACUAAUCUUAUAGGAUGUAUUUUAACUAAAGCAUUACCAUUCCAAACUUUAUUAGCCACUUAUUAUUGUUUUAUAGAUUGUAUUUUAAGUUUACAAUAUUGGUAUUAUACUAGGAUAUAUCCUCAACAAAAGAUUCAUCAUAAUUUAUUACAAAGUCCAAAUAUGUUAAGACCUAUUGGAUCUCGUAAAAGUAAUUCUAAUUCAAAACAUGUACAUACUAGAAGAAAUAGAUUUGAACAAGAUAUUACUCGAUCUCCUAUGGAAAUAACUAAUUCUCAUUAUAAUGUGGGUAAUCAUAAUAAAGGUAGUUUUAUACAAAGAAUUUUAGGUGCUUCCUUUGUAGGAAGUUUAACUAAACCAGUUAAUGGAUUGCCUAUAGAAGCUGUUAAUUCCACUUCCACUUCCACUUCCACUUCCAAUUCCAAUUCAUUACAUAAUUUCACUAAAGAGUUUUCUAAUCAAUUAAAGAAAAUCUUAAUCAUAAUAAGUUCAAUUCAUAUCCAAAAAUUCAGAUAUUCUUCUGAAGAUAUUGGACAAAUCUCCGCAUGGGUAUGUUCAUUUUUAUAUCUUUCAUCAAGAGCUCCUCAAAUCUUUAAAAAUCAUAAUCUGAAAUCUACUAGGGGUAUAUCAGCAUACUUAUUUUUAUUUGCUAUGUUAGGUAAUUUAUUCUAUACAAUUUCAAUUGUAUCAGAUUUAUAUUUAAUUUCUAUGCAUCAAAGUUAUUAUGAAUCAGAUCCUAAUGAUUCUCAAUAUAAUAAAAUCUUAACUGAUCAACUCCCAUUUAUUGUUGGCAGUUCAGGAACUGUCAUUUUUGAUUGUAUAAUUUUAUUCCAAUGUUGGUACUUUGCCGAACAAUCACUGUCGAGAAAUUCUUCGGUAAGUCUGUAUGGAGAGAAUUUUGGUUAUGGAUCUUUGUAUGAACAAGAUGAAGAGUUUGAGCAUCAUCAUCACCGCCAUCAUAAUAAUAAUAACAAUAGCAGUAAUCAUAAUCAUCAUCAUCAUGGAAGAUAUAAAUCACGGAAUAGAUCUAGAACUCAAAGUAGACCGAGAAACUCUAAACGUAAACCAAGAAAGAAUUCCGUUUCUGAAUAUAGAAGUGAUUCACCCGGACAUUUCCAAAAACCGGAUUGGUAUACUACUACAGAACCUAAUUAUCCAUCUAUUGAUGAAACAGCUGCUUUCAGUCCUAAUAAUCUUCAUCAAUAUGAUAAUUCUCUGAAUGGUGGUGGAAUGAAUAGGGCUAUACCUGGAAGUAUUGCUGGACCUUCAUAUGAUUAUCUCAUGAGAACUCCUCCACCUGCUCAUUAUAUAUCGGCAUCACAUAGUCGAUCCAUUAUUAAUCAAGGGAAUAGUCAUCAACAAAGUGGACUCCUUUCAUCAACAAUUAAUGCCAUUACGAAAUCAUUAUCAUAUAAGAAUGAGAAUCCAUAUUGGCAAGUAAUUAAAUCUCCUCGUUCUUCUCAUUCAGGAUCUUAUGAUCAAUCUCAACAUCAUAAUAAUAAUAAUAAUAUGAUUCAUGGCUCAUCUCCACUUCCUACAUCUUUAAUACCUUCAAUCAUUGGGAAUUUUUCAUCAGUAUCAAAGAAAAUGUCCCAUGAUUCCAAAGUUCCAUUUUCUCCAAUAGAUUUCUUAGCUGAUGAUUUCCAUAGACCCGUUGAAGGUUCUUUCAGUACUAAUGGAGGUACUGGUAGUUCAAGUUUUCCUCAUUCUUAGUAUUAUAUAUUUAUUAAAAGUUUCUGCCAUAGUUAUAGAUGUUUAUUUAAGUAC